GCCUCUCAAAGGUUUGCCUUGUUGCUUCAACAAGCAUCUUCCGGACGUUGAAACGAGAGGCAGGCAGGAUCCCCCGCACUCGAGCAGCCCCGCGCUUUCCCAGCUCCUCCUUGUAACCGUGUGCAGGGGCGAUCAGCAAGGCGGCUGACAGGAUGUGCAGCUGAAAAGCGCCCAGCCGGGCAGGCACGUCAGGCUGCUCUCGCGUUCUUACAAAGCGAAUGCCCCUCGACUGCAUUCCAACCCGAUAUUGUGCAUUAAUGUCGACUUGUUUGGGUGUACGAAGUACUUUCGAGUUGCUCACUGCCAGCUACCAGUCACUCACGCAAAACCUCACACAUCUUGGCGCCCAAUUGGCCCAUCUUCGUUCGCUCUGAGACCGCCAUGACGGCUGCGCUCGACCUUGCAAGCUGUCCUCGUAUUAAUCACAUCGCAGCCCCUCUUUACCUACGACCAACAUGGACUACAAUCAUGGCCCACCACCCUCGACAGCCUUGUGGUCAGGCCAACCGCCGUCCCCCGAGAAGUCCAGUCAGAUCCUAAUUCGAGAAUACCCCCACCGAGCCAUCGCAAUCGCAUCGAACUCGCAUGCCCUGAUCUUGCGACACAGCACAACAACAAGCGAAGCGAUCGCCAAUGGGUCACUUGCCUCUGUGUCGGCUAGCCGCCAACGCUCGACCACCUUUGACAACAAUGCGUCCAAGUGCAUGGUGGAGUUCUCUACAGCAUCCGACCAGUUACUCGAAGACUACCGCCCCUUAACUCCACGACCCAUCUACGGAACGCUCGGGCUCAUAUCGAUCGAACGAGAUGUGUUCCUAUGCGUCAUCACGCAGGCUUCGCGGGUCGCAACGCUCCGCCCGGGCGAGACAGUUGAAAAGAUCGAGGCCGUGCAGUUCUUCUGCCUCAACUCGGCCGAAUACGAUGACGUCGUAGCCCUCGACCCCUACGAUCUCGAAUCAGACGCAGCAUCGGUAUACGGGCAAGGACUGGGCAGGAGGGACGUCACAAUGGAACACCCUUGCCUGGAGCUACAGAAGCUACUUGGAAACGGGACGUUCUAUUAUAGCACCGACUUUGAUGUUACGAACCGCAUGCAGGACAGACCGGCCGAUGCUGCGGAAUUCGAUAUAGAUAACUUUGACGAAUCCUUCCUGUGGAAUUCCUACAUGAUUCGACCACUCGUUCUGUUUCGAUCCCGGUUACAAAAGCAAGAGCGGGACGCACUGGACGCAUCGAGGAUACUGACCUCUGCGAUCCGUGGUUUCUGCAGGAGUUGGGCAAUACCACAAAACAUGGCGCCAUUGGGCUCUGCGAAGACGGGUUUGCCAUCCUACUUGACGAUCAUCUCCCGAUUGUCGUGUAGACGAGCCGGCACAAGGUUCAAUUCACGGGGAAUCGACGACGAUGGGAACGUGGCCAAUUUCGUCGAAUCAGAGACAACAUAUUGGAGCCCGUCCGGGGUAGUAUUCUCGUACGCCCAAGUACGAGGCUCGGUGCCGGUCUUCUGGGAGCAAGCUGCUGGUCUGAUACCGAACCAGCAAAAAAUAACGGUCACGCGUUCUGCGGACGGGACACAACCAGCAUUCGACAAGCACUUCUCCGACCUGGAGCAAGCAUACGGCGCCGUUCAUGUUGUGAACCUCUUGAGUGCCACGAAACCCGGGGAGUACGAGCUCACGACCCUUUACCGACUCGGCGUCCAAAAUUGCCCCCUCAGCCGACCAGAGGGUAGCCAGUCCAGGGAUCAUGCGUUACUAAGAGAGACCGAGUAUGAUUUCCAUGCCGAGACCAAGGGGCCCCAGGGGUAUGUGGCGGCCAACGAAAUUCGUCGAUACAUCGAAGAUUCGGCCGACGGAUUUGCGUACUAUCUUGCUCAGGAGUCGGAUGACAUGGGGCCGUCGAACGGCAGUGUGGGUGGCCAUAAGAAGCGCCGCUCUGUCGUGGUUCUACAGCAGGAGGGUGUCUUCAGGACAAAUUGCCUUGACUGUCUAGACAGGACAAACCUCAUUCAGACAAUCAUCUCACAAAUGGCCGUUGAAUCCUUUCUCGGCCACAGAGGGGAGAGGGCGCCAUCCGACUUUUGGUCUCGUCAUGCUAACCUGUGGGCUGACAAUGGCGAUUCCCUAUCCAAAAUCUACGCCGGCACCGGCGCCCUGAAGUCCUCCUUCACGCGCACUGGAAAGAUGUCGCUUGCCGGAGCCAUUGCCGAUGUCCGAAAGUCAGCUACACGACUUUACUACAACAACUUCGCCGACAAAGCACGCCAAAUUACUAUCGAUACCUUGCUUGGGAGGCUAGUUAGCCAGGCGCCCGUCAUUCUGUUCGAUCCCAUCAGCGACUAUGUUGCCGGUGAGCUGCAGCGGCGGAACGCCGAAUUUUCCACAAACGAGAAGAUUCAUAUCCUCGUGGGGACAUUCAACCUCAAUGGGAGGACUGAUGGCAUCAGUGAGGAUUUGUCUUCCUGGCUUUGGCCCUCUGAGCUUGGUUCUAUUCAGCCAGAAAUCAUCGCUAUUGGAUUCCAGGAGAUAGUUGAGCUUAAUCCCCAGCAAAUCAUGAACAGCGACCCAACAAGAAAACAGCUGUGGGAACGGGCCAUCAAAGCCACGCUGGACCAGCAUUAUAACCGAGAUGGGGACGAGAAGUAUGUCUUGCUGCGGAGCGGCCAACUUGUCGGCGCUGCGCUAUGCAUCUUUGUCAAGGCCUCGGUGCUUCACAAUAUCAAAAAUGUGGAGGGUAGUGUCAAGAAAACAGGAAUGUCAGGGAUGGCUGGAAACAAGGGGGCGGUUGCCAUCCGGUUGGACUACGCAAACACGCCCAUUUGCUUCGUAACUGCACACUUAGCAGCAGGAUUCGCCAACUACGAGGAGAGAAACCGAGACUAUGCCACUAUCGAUCAAGGCCUCUGGUUCCAGAGGAACAGAGGGAUAGCCGACCAUGACUCGGUGAUUUGGUUUGGCGACUUCAACUACCGGGUCGGGCUCGGGCUGGAGGCAGCCAAGGAUGCGGUGAAGAGGCGGAAUCUUGAGCGACUGUUCGAAAACGACCAGCUGAACCUGCAAAUGGUGGCGGGGCUUUCCUUUCGCUUUUAUUCCGAGGCUCGGAUAACCUUCAUGCCGACAUACAAGUAUGAUGUUGGCACCGACGACUUUGAUAGCUCUGAGAAAGCACGUAUUCCCGCCUGGACCGAUCGCAUCCUUCGAAAGGGGUCAAACCUUCGGCAGUUAGCGUACAACUCGGCACCACUACGCUUCUCCGACCACCGGCCGGUCUACGCUAUUUUCGAGUGUACUGUCAACAUCGUGAAUGAGAAGCGACGAGACAAGAUCAGCCGGGAGGUGUACGAACGGCGGAAAGCCGAGGUUGGGGGUGAUACGGCGAAUCUGGCUGCAAACGAGUCAGACGACGAGGAUCUGAUAGGGUACGAUGCCAUUGAGCCCGGUCUUCCACCGGCGAGUUCCGAUCGCCAAAAGUGGUGGCUGGACAACGGAAAAAUGGCAAAGUCCUCUAUCAGCCCACCUAAGCCCGACAACCCAGGGUCACAAAUCAUCCUGAACCCAAAGCGGCCGACCAACCCCCACGCGCCAACUGACGAGCCGGACUGGGUCAGUGUUCCCAGGUCUGAAUCCCGCUUGUCAUCCUUUUCAAGCAUGUCGACCUCGCCGUACGAGCACGUCAACCAUUCCACGUUGCUCUCGUCUUCAGCGUCGAGCUCGGCGCCGAGAAAGCUGCCGCCCCCUUACGACCCAUCAAUGCUUCCUACCAAGAUGGGAAGGAUGCAAAUCAACGACGACAUCAAGAGCUUGCAUGCAGAAAUGCCUCCCCCGCCUCCUCCACGGCGUCAGACGAGCAUGGGUACCGGAUCAGGAACUGGUUCCCCCGCUCCCUCGGCCCAGCAGAAGCGGAAGCCGGUGAAUAAGACGACGCCUGCUCCGCCCGUUGGGCCGAAGCCAGGAGCACCCGAGGAGCAGGCGGCGAAACAAAAGGCCGCGCCGCCAGUGGCUAAGAAACCAGCGCAUCUCGCGGCCCCCGUCUCCCCCGCGAGUAGCAUCCUCUCGUCCAGCCUCACCUCGGAUGCAACUCUGCACGGUCCGGAGGGAUCGGUGGCCAGUUUUCCCCGACGGUCGACACCUGGCUCUGCCAACGGCUCAGCGUCAGACCUAAGCGGCGGCAUUGCCUCGCUGCCGGCUAGAAAUGCGAGCCUAAGGGAGCGGACACCACCGCCGCCGCAGUUCCCUCGCCGAACCAAUACUAGCGCGGGGGUCAUGGGGCAAAACAGGAUGGCGGCUGCGGGCGGGAUACCGCUUGUUGGUUUGGCAGGAACACAAGAGCGCAAACCACAGUUGCCGGUUAGGAAACCGGUGAGCCCCGCUCCCGUGUCCUCGUUUCAGAAGCAGGCGCCGCCGCCUCCGCCGGCACCUAGGAAGACGCCAGCAGUUGAUCUAUUGGCGGAUGACGGUGCGAUAGAGAUGGGCGGAUGGGAAGCCCUGAAACCUUCCUCUUAGGAAGAUGUUGAUGGUUUCAUGGCUGUUUCCUUUGGGUAAUGGGUAUUUAGACGGCGUUUUGAAACGGGGUUCUAAGGUUGAAGCUAGGCAGGGCACUAGCUAAUAUCAAAAGUGAUAGGUGGCCAUGACAAAACACGGCGUUGUGGUUGUGGUUGAGGGAAAAUACAUGGUUUAGUAAGAGGGGUUAAUUAUGCGCCCGAGAUAAGCUGGCAAUGGAUGAGCUAUGGAUUGAUACAGAUUACGGAUACCGACACUACGGUAUAAGACUACCUAGGUAGGGGUAUAACUGCAGAGGACUAUGCAAAGUGUUCUUCAAAUGUGGGUUGUGUUGCCAAGUUGCCGUUGUGUAGUUCUUCAAGGCAAAAGUUGAAUGUGAGACUCGACGGCAAACACAAAACAAGGCAACGAGAACUAAACUGGAGUUACGAUGCAUGUUAACAAUGCCGAAGAACCGAAUGAUUUUCAC